AUGCAAGGUCUGGUGUUAAUCGUCCCUCUCAUCCCUCUUCUCCUGUUUCAGUGUUUGUGCUGGGUGAGUGAAGAAGCAUCACUACUGUUAAUUCACUUAACAUUCACUCUGUUUGGCAUUUCUGAGUUCAUUCCUGCCUUCUGUCUGCUGACAGAUAAUUUGCAGAAACCCACGGUAAGCGUGCAUCAUGACCGAACAAAUAAGCUGCUCGACAUUGUUUGUGAAAUACCCAAGCAGUCCUGGAACGUCACCGGAUGCCAGUUUUAUUCUGGACAUGGGGAGAACUUUUACCCGACAGCUAAAAUAGCAUCUGGAAACUGCCAUUUUUUUUCUGUGGACGAGGAUGAUUUAUUCAGACGUCUGCAGUCAGUGAGGAGCAGAGAGGUGAGCUGUGAUUAUACAGUGAACACAGAACCUUCAUCUCUAUCUCCACGCAGUGACCCAUACACCUUUACAGGAUUUCUUGCAACAGUAAACCAGCCCCUGACCAAAAAUACUCCUUUAACAUCACCAGAAGCAGGUUUAAGGCCUCAAUCUACACCAGUUGAGCUCAAAGUUGCCACAAGAGGUGAUGCACACACUGCCACAGUCUCUCCAGGUUCAACCCUUCACCUUACUUCAGAGUACACUAUGGAUGCUUCAGUGUCUCCAGGUUCAACCCUUCACCUUCAUUCAGAGUACACCAUGGAUGCCUCAGGUAAGUGAUACAUUCAUUAUCACACUAUGACACAUUACCAUACGUUAUUUAUUAGCACAGAAUAAACACAUACAUGAUCAGUUGUUAUGUCAUAUUCGAUGUACCAGAUUCUGCGAUGGCCAGAUUUCUAUUUACUGUAUGUAUGCUUGUAUGUAUAUUAUGUGUAUGUCAACUGCACUGAACAAUACUGUUGAUGAAAAAACAUUGGUCUGUUUCCAACCAAUUAUUUUCUCACAACUACAACACUGACCCCCUCUACAGGUAAAGUCUCUGAGCAUGGUUCACCAGAUUCACACUUCUGUUUGUGUGACUGUCACAGCUAAAACUAAAUUUAACAACGGAAAAGUGGGUAACACUUUAUAGUAACAGACCACAAUAAAUAGCAAAAUAACCGUUAUCAAAAAGUUUGUUGAUGAUUGUUAAUAGUGAAAACGGUGGUUGUUACGACCGGCUCGUGGGUCGCAACAUAAAAACGGUAGAGACAGAC